AUGCUAUUAUAUAUGUCUGUGGCCUUGUAUGCUCCAUCAUUAGCAUUAUCAUCGGUUACAAAUAUCCCACUGCUUUUGUCGAUUUGUUUAACUGCUGGUCUCUCUGGCCUUUAUAUUUCAUUGGGAGGAGCGAAAGCAGGUAUACAUACAUCGUCGUUACAGAUGGCGUUAAUUUUGUUGAGUAUGGCUAUAAUACUUAUUUGUAGUUUAACCAAAGUUAAAAUAUCAGAAAUUAUUCCCAGAGCGUAUAAUGGAGGGCGACUGCAACUGCUCGAUUUUCGAUUAGAUCCAAGAAUUCGACAUUCAGUAUGGCCAUUACUGAUAGGAGGGACUGGUAAUAUUCUGUGUUUGGUUGUUCUACUUAAUAUUCCAUUCAAUUUUCUAAUUUUAACAUUAUAUGUCGGUGUUGGCUUAAUAUUAUAUUAUUUUUAUUAUAAUUGUGAUCCAGCAUUGAAAUCAAAAGACCAGCUUCUUCCUUAUUUUGUUCUGGAAAAAAUCUCCUCGAUUCCAGGAAUCACAGGGUUGUUCAUUGCGUCAGUAUAUAGCGCUGGUACAAGCACAUUAUCAGCAUCAUAUAGUGCUCUUUCUGCUGUAGUUAUUGAAGAUGUUAUAAAACAAUAUCUUUUAAAACUUAGGAAUGGAAAACAGUUGGAUAUAAAAGUGGCUAUCAGAUUAACCAAAGUUUUACCACUAGUGUUUUGUGUUUUAACCAUAGUACUGGCAUAUCUCUGCAGUUUAUUAAAGACAAUGGUGCUUCAGAUAUCACUAUCUAUUUUCGGUUUAGCUGGUGGACCUGUACUUGCUGUUUUUUGCAUGGGAUUUUUUUUCCCUUUUAUAAAAAAAACAGCUGCUUUUCUUGGUCAACUUUUUGCGACAAUUUUUUGUAUCUUUCUUGCUGCCGGAUCCAUAAUGGAAAGAAUAAGGCCCGUUGCAUUGCCACUGGAUCGCAACUGUGGUUUAUCUAACACUUCUGUCAUUUUCAAUUAUACUGAUCCCUAUUACGGAAUGGUCGAACCAUUGUCGAGUACUUCAUUACUUGUGCAACUUUAUCGCGUUUCCUAUCAGUAUUAUAGUACUAUUGCUGUUUUAUUCGCAUUUACUUGGGUAAAACUUCAGGAUGUAGUAGGAUCCUUCAAUAGACAAAUCGAAAGAAUUGAUUGA